AUGAAGGCCGCUUUGAAGGGCAAAUACGACCUUGACCAUAACAGCAGCGGCGCCGCCACCGUCGCCUUCAACGCCGGCGACGUCAAACUCCGAGCAUCCAUAACCGACGCCACUUUCAAAAACGGCCCCAGCUUAACCGGCCUAGUCCUCGCCGUAGAGAAACCCGGCUCCUUCAGUGUCGACUACAACGUCCCCAAAAAGGAUUUUCGGUUUCAAUUUAUGAACACCGUUAGGGUUGCAGAGAAACCGUUGAAUUUGGCAUACAUACACAGCAAAGGAGAUAACAGAACAAUUUUGGACGGAACGUUGGUGUGGGACCCAUCGAACAAGGUUUCAGCGAACUACGCUGUUGAAUCUGGGAACUGUAAAUUGAAGUAUAGCUAUAAUCAUAAGGGUUUGACUACAAUUGAACCUACCUAUGAUGUUGCUAAGAAUUCAUGGGACUUUGCAGUUUCUGGAAAAGUUUAUGGUGAUGAUUCUCUCAAAGCUUCUUAUCAGACUUCAAGCAAGGUGUUAGGGUUGGAGUGGACAAGGAGUUCCAAACAAACUGGCUGCUUCAAGGUUGUGGCAUCCGUUAACUUGGCCGAGGAAAAGACAAUUCCAAAACUCAGUGUUGAGUCCACAUUGAAUUUUGAGAUGUAG